CCCCCACCCACUAGAGCCAUAUAAAGCUGCCGGAGCCCUCUCCGCCACUGCCCACCUACGACCAUGAAGGCCAUCCUCUUUGCCCUGCUGGCCAUUGGCCUGGCCCUGCAGCCAGGCCAUGCUCUGCAGUGCUACUCCUGCAAGGCCCAGGUGAAAAACAGCAACUGCCUGAACGUGCAGAACUGCAGCCAGGCAGAGACCCAGUGCCGGACCGAGCGCAUCCGUGCCGCUGGCUUCCUGACCAUCAUCAGCAAGGGCUGCAGCUCCGACUGUGUGGAUGAAGCUCAGGACUACUACGUGGGGAAGAAGAACAUCACGUGCUGCUCCACAGACCUGUGCAAUGCCAACAGGGCCCAUGCCCUGCAGCCCGUCUCCGCCACCCUGGCACUUCUCACUGCACUGGGCAGCCUGCUGUGCUGGGUCCCAGGCCAGCUAUAGGCUCCAGCAGUGCCCUGCCACAGUCCCCACACC